AUGCGUGAAAUCCGACUGAGUGCAUACUUUCACCAUCCCGCGAUCGUUGAAUUCGUGGGCAUCUCUUGGCUCACGUUAAAAGACAUGUCCAUUGUGACAGAGUUUAUGGUAAAUGGAGAUGUGUACUCUGUCCUGCGGCAUCAGCGGCAGUUGCCUUCCCACGACCAGUGGCUGCGCUGGUACCCGCUAGUUGCCCCAGACGAAAGCGAUCACAAAGAUCAAAACGGCACCAGCAGUAUCACACUUGGCUUUCACAGUCGCGUCGCCUCCAGUCCGUCCAAGCUGAGCAUGGCGCUGCAAAUAGCCCAAGCGCUCGUGUAUUUACACUCGAUGCGAGUAGUGCAUCGAGACAUCAAGUCGCAAAACGUCGUACUGAAUACACUGUUCACGGCGAAAUUGUGCGAUUUUGGAAUUUCCAGGCGCAUUUCUCUGCUUAUGACGGCCAACAAGGGUACAAUUGCGUACAUGGCCCCCGAGGUGUUUCAAGGCAGCAAGUACACUGAAAGGGCAGACAUGUACAGCUUUGGAGUGCUCUUGUCUGAAAUGGACAAAUUAGACUCGCCCUACGUCGGGGAGCUCGACGACAUCGACUCAGAUGUGACCUUUCCCGAAGCCAAAAUUGCCCUCAUGGUGGCGGAAGGGUCGUUGAAACCCCAGUUUACCAAGGCGAUGCCGUCAGAAAUCCUCCACUUGGCCACGAGUUGCUUGGCAUUUGAUCCUUCGCUGCGACCGUCCGCUGAACAAGUUGCAGACGAACUCUCACGGCUCAUUCAACACCAUCGCGCUGCAUCAAUAGUUCAGUCUGAUGUUGUUUAAAUAAGUACUAUUUUAAUAGUAGUAGUAUACUAUUGUG